AUGGCUUGGUUUAAUGCUUCUAUUAAUUAUUUUGGGCUGAAGGAGGUUGGCUUUGUAGGUCUGAAGUUCACAUGGCUGUAUCAAAGACGGGAUGGCACUCAAAUCAGGGAACGGCUAGAUAGGGCCCUAGCUUCUACAGAUUGGCAUUCUCUAUUCCCUACUGCAAAGCUUCAUCAUAAGUCCUCUUCCGCUUCUGAUCAUAAUCCUCUUCUAUUGCAUCUAUUCUCAAAGAAAAAACACCAGAAAUACAAGAAAAUAUUUAGGUUUGAGUCUAUGUGGUUGAAGGAUGAGAGAUGUGAGAAAGUGGUGACAGAGGCAUGGGAGGAAGGGAUGUGUAUGGCUUCGGAUUUUCCUAUUUUAGCUUGUAUGGAGUAUUGCAGAAACAAAUUGGAGGUAUGGAAUGCGAAUGAGUAUGGGCAUGUGAGAAAAAAGAUUGCUUGUUUACAAAAACGUUUAGAAGGGCUGGAGAUGCAAGCUUCAUCUCCUGGGGUUAUCAGAGACUUAAGAGAAACUAGAGUGGAGUUGAAUUGUUGGCUUGAUAAAGAAGAUGCCAUGUGGAAACAGAGGGCACAUGUGUGGCAAGUUGAUCAAGGUGAGAUUGAGAAGGUGUUUAUUGAGUACUACUCUAAUUUGUUCACUUCCUCAGAACCGUCAAACUUCACAGAAAUUAUGGAGGCCAUUCAACCUAAAGUGACACAAUCAAUGAAUUCCAAGCUGGUGAAGGAAUUUCAGGUAGGUGAAGUGCACAAAGCCCUGAAACAGAUGUAUCCUUUAAAAGCUCCAGGUUCGGAUGCCUUUGAGGCAAUGCACCAGAUUAAUUUGAAGAAAUCAAGGGCUAAAGGGGAGAUGGCUCUCAAGCUUGACAUGAGCAAGACCUAUGACAGGGUGGAAUGGGCAUGCCUAGAUAAGAUAAUGGAGAAGUUGGGGUUUCACUCAAGAUGGAGAAGCUUAAUGAUGCAGUGCAUUACUUCAGUCACUUAUGUUGUCCGUGUCAAUGGUAAACCUAGUGGCCAUAUUAUUCCUUCCAAGGGGCUCCGCCAAGAUGAUAGUUUAAUUUUCUGUAAAGCCACUGUUGAAGAGUGCGAAGCCCUUCAGAAAGUACUAUUUAAAGAGAUCCAGGAUGAGAUAAAAGUGAGGUUUGGUGCUCAAGUGAUUCAGCAGCAUGCGAAGUACCUGGGUCUUCCAUCGCUAGUGGGAAGAAAUAAGAAGAAUAAUUUUAAGGAAGUUAAGACAAAAUUGGUUAAGAAGUUGGCAGGGUGGAAGGAAAAACUAUUGUCUAAAGCUGGGAAAGAAGUUCUGAUAAAGGCCAUGGCCCAAGCCAUCCUAAAGUGUGAGUUUUUUGAUGCAAGUCUUGGAAAAAAUCCUUCAUUUGCCUGGAAAAGUAUUUUAGCAACUCAAGCAAUUGUUAGGAACAGCAGAAGGUGGCAAGUUGCAGCCCUUAUUGAUGAAAAGAAUGGUGUCUGGAAAAAUGAGCUGGUGCGACAAGUCUUCCUACCUCAUGAAGCUGACUUAAUAUGUAGCAUUGCUCUAAGUGCUAACUUGCUAGCGGAUAAUCAAGGCUGGGCUUUAACGCAUAAUGGAAUCUUUAAUGUUCGAAGUGCAUAUAAGUUGGCCAUGGAGAUGAGCUCAGCUGUACCGGUGGGAGGAGUGUCUUAUAAUAGUCAGUUAAGGAGGUUUUGGAAGUACCUAUGGAGCUGCAAUAUUCUGCACAAGAUUCGCCAUUUUGCUUGGAGGGCCUGCAAAGAUGUCUUGCCCAUGAAGGAGAACCUGGUCAAACGUAAGGUGCUGUUGGAUGGAGCUUAUGAUGAAUGUAAUAUGGAGGAAGAGUCUUCAGCCCACCUGUUUUGGCACCGUCAACGAGCUAGUGAGAUAUGGCGCACUUCUAAUUUGUUUUAG